CACUGUCCCCACCCCCCUGAGGGGGUCAGUACACUGACAUCACACUGUCCCCAUCCCCCUGAGGGGGUCAUACACUGACACCACACUGUCCCGCCCCCCCCGAGGGUGUCCGUACACUGACAACACACUGUCCCCACCCCCUGAGGGGGUCAUACACUGACACCACACUGUCCCGCCCCCCCCGAGGGUGUCCGUACACUGACAACACACUGUCCCCACCCCCUGAGGGUGUCCGUACACUGACAACACACUGUCCCCACCCCCCUGAGGGGGUCAGUACACUGACAACACACUGUCCCCACCCCCCGGUGUCUCUCUGGGGCCGGUUCCUGGUGAUAAUGGCGGCGGUGCCGGUGGACGCGGUGACUCAGAGACUGUCGCUCCAGGGGAAAGUGGCACUCGUCACCGGUGCCAGUUCAGGAAUUGGGGCUGGCACUGCCAUCCUUUUUGCCAGACUGGGAGUCAAAUUGGCUCUGAAUGGAAGGAAUGUGGAGAACCUGACCAAAGUGGGCAAGGCAUGUGAAGAGGGAGGAGGGUGCCUGCCCCUGCUGCUUCCCGGUGACCUGACCGAUGAGGUGACUGUGAAGAAGGUGGUUGAAGAAACGUUGAAUCACUAUGGACGGUUGGAUGUACUUGUAAACAGCGCAGGAAUACUGCACAUGGGGACUAUUGAAACCACAAACAUGGAACACUUUGACCAAGUUAUGAAUGUUAAUGUCAGGUCUGUCUACAGUCUCACCCGCCUGGCUGUGCCCCAUCUCAUCCAGAGCCAGGGCUCCAUUGUCAAUGUGUCCAGUGUCAAUGGCCAGCGAUCGUUCCCUGGAGUCGUGGCCUACUGCAUGUCAAAAUCAGCCCUGGACCAGUUCACACGGUGUUUGGCCCUUGAUCUGGCUCCCAAAAAAGUUCGAGUGAAUGCUGUGUGCCCUGGAGUGAUUGUGACGGACAUCCAUAAGCGAGCUGGCCUGAGUGAGGGCGAUUACGCUGAGUUCCUGAAUAAAUGCAAGGUGACCCAUGCCUUGGGGCGUCCUGGACAAGUGGAUGAAGUGGCUCAAGCCAUUGCCUUCCUGGCCUCCGACGCAGCUUCCUUCAUCACUGGAGUCACGCUGCCAGUGGAUGGUGGGCGCCAUGCCAUGUGCCCACGGUGAUUGGAUAAACUCCUGUAUGUGCCAGGCAAGGGUCCCAAAGAGCGAUGUUUAUAGCGUGGUCACCAGCCACUGUGCUUGGAAACACCAUCCCUGAUGAGGAAAUGGCUGUGUGACAUUUCUGAACAGGUUUCCGGGGAAACUACAAGGUAACGGAUCAAAGUGCAUUGAAGUUGGAUGCAUUUCCACUCCACUCAGUUGCUUCAAUUUUAAUAAAAUCUCUGUUCCUUUUGUCCCUGAAA